CCCGGCUGCGGUCCGCCCGCGCCCCCGCUCGGCCCACUCGCCCCGCGCCUCCCGGCAGAGUCCCCUCGCGGCGGCAGAUGUGUGUGGGGUCAGCCCACGGCGGGGACUAUGGUGAAAUUCCCGGCGCUCACGCACUACUGGCCCCUGAUCCGGUUCCUGGUGCCCCUGGGCAUCACCAACAUAGCCAUCGACUUCGGGGAGCAGGCCUUGAACCGGGGCAUUGCUGCUGUCAAGGAAGAUGCGGUGGAAAUGCUAGCCAGCUACGGGCUGGCGUACUCCCUAAUGAAGUUCUUCACGGGUCCCAUGAGUGACUUUAAAAAUGUGGGCCUGGUGUUUGUGAACAGCAAGCGAGACAGGACCAAAGCUGUCCUCUGCAUGGUGGUGGCUGGUGCCAUUGCUGCUGUCUUCCACACCCUGAUAGCUUAUAGUGACUUAGGCUACUACAUUAUCAAUAAACUGCACCAUGUGGAUGAGUCUGUGGGGAGCAAAACGAGAAGGGCCUUCCUAUAUCUUGCUGCCUUCCCUUUUAUGGAUGCAAUGGCAUGGACCCAUGCUGGCAUUCUCCUAAAACACAAAUACAGUUUCCUGGUGGGAUGUGCGUCCAUCUCCGAUGUCAUAGCUCAGGUCGUGUUUGUCGCCAUCUUACUGCACAGUCACCUGGAAUGCAGAGAGCCUCUGCUCAUCCCCAUCCUGUCCUUGUACAUGGGCGCCCUCGUGCGCUGCACCACCCUGUGCCUGGGCUACUACAAGAACAUCCACGACAUCAUCCCCGACAGAAGCGGACCGGAGCUGGGGGGAGAUGCAACCAUAAGAAAGAUGCUGAGCUUCUGGUGGCCUCUGGCCCUCAUCUUGGCUACACAGAGAAUCAGUAGGCCUAUUGUCAACCUCUUUGUUUCCCGGGACCUUGGUGGCAGUUCUGCAGCUACUGAGGCGGUGGCAAUCUUGACAGCCACAUACCCUGUGGGUCACAUGCCAUAUGGCUGGCUGACGGAAAUCCGUGCUGUCUACCCGGCUUUUGACAAGAAUAACCCCAGCAAUAAACUGGUGAGCACAAGCAACACAGUGACCGCAGCCCACAUCAAGAAGUUCACGUUUGUCUGCAUGGCCCUGUCGCUCACGCUCUGUUUCGUGAUGUUCUGGACGCCCAACGUUUCCGAGAAAAUUCUGAUAGACAUCAUUGGAGUGGACUUCGCCUUUGCAGAACUCUGCGUUGUUCCCCUGCGCAUCUUCUCCUUCUUCCCGGUUCCAGUCACUGUGAGGGCCCAUCUCACCGGGUGGCUGAUGACGCUGAAGAAGACCUUUGUCCUGGCCCCCAGCUCCGUGCUGCGGAUCAUCGUCCUCAUCACCAGCCUCGUGGUCCUGCCCUACCUGGGGGUACACGGAGCCACCCUGGGCGUGGGCUCCCUCCUGGCGGGGUUUGUGGGAGAGUCCACCAUGGUCGCCAUAGCCGCGUGCUACGUCUAUCGGAAACAGAAAAAGAAGAUAGAGACCGAGACGGCGGCCGAGGGGGAGGACUCGGCCAUGACGGACAUUCCGCCGGCGGAGGAGGGGACAGACGUGGUGGAAAUGCGAGAGGAGAACGACUAAGGCGCCGGACGUGGGGACAGCAGGGCAGCCAGGUGGCAGCUCAGCGACAUCUCCUCUCCCUCGUGCUUUCUUUCUUCUGCUCUGGGGUUUGGGUUUGGGUUUGGGUUUGGGUCAAGGAAGAGGCCUUGCUAGAGGUUUCGUGUAGACUCUGCGGCAUACUGGGUAUGCUCCCUCGGCUGUGGGGACCCCAACAGUGGUCCCUGCCAUUGCUUUGGACACACAAACAGAACAAUGAGUUCACGCCCCCACUUCCCCCGAAAUCCCAAAGACGCAGCUGCCUCUAGAACAGCCCGUCCCCUCCUCCUCCCGCCCCCCCCCCCGGACAAUCUCCACUCAGAACCAAAGGACUGCGGCUGGGCCAUCAGCGCCCUCGGCCGCCCACGCCCAGCAGGCCCGACUGGACCCUGUCCCUCCGCAUCGCUCUUCCGAAUCCACAGGUUACAGCUGGGCUCUCUGUGGCUGGCUUCCCAGGAACACGGCUGUGCAGAGAGAGACGCAGCCCCGGGGGCCUUCCACCCUGCACAGCCUGCGGCCGCCAACGCCCAGCCACCCCCCUCCCCCGCCGUGCAGAGCGUCCGCGACAGAUGGCAGCCUGGCCUGGCCGCUCACACUGACCAGUGCCUUUGUGAACGCACUGCACGGCCGGGCGGACGGAUGGACGCGCGGGCCUGACCUCCCGGGGGAAGGUUCGAGACGCUGGGGGAGUGGCAGACUGAACGAUAGCAUUUCACCUGCAUUUUCCUAGGUUGGAGCGAGCUCCCACUUUUCAGGCCCCGCCGUGUACAUACAUGAGCUAAGUUUUUUAAGUUGUCACAAAAGCGCAUCUCCAAACGUCAGCAUCCUCAGGCAUGACUUCCCCGAAGGCUUGUUUGUCACUCACCGUUCCUGAAGAUGGCGCUAGAGCAAGCGAAACGGAGUUUUCUCUUAGUUUUUUUAAAGUGAAAGGAAGCUUUAAGUCAUAAUCUAGCAUUCUAAUGCCAGGUUGCUGUAUCGUAACUUUUGAAGUAGAUUCGUUACCUGGUUCCGCUACUCUUACUCAUAACCAUGCGGGGCAGGUAAUUCACACCACAUGAGAAAGCAAGACAUUUUCUAAGCGAUAGCAAAGUCACUAUGUGAUAUUCCCUGAAAUGACACAUUUGAAAUCCAUUUAGUGCAGUAUAUUUUUCUAAGUUUUGGAAAGCGGGUUUUUUCUUUAAAAAAAUUAUGGACACAGUUCACUAAAUUCUUGAUUUAGUCAAAAUUCCUAGACGGAAAGAACCUAAACACAAAAAUAUUUUAAAGAUAUAAAUAUAUACUGUAUAUGUUAUGUAAUUUAUUUUAGGCUAUAAUACAUUUCCUAUUUUCGCAUUUUCAAUAAAAUGUCUCUAAUACAAUACGGUGAUUACUCCUGUGCUCUACAGACCUGCAGUUGAAACGUAUUGUAUCGAUGAACAUUGUAUCUUAUUUACAGCAGUUCUACAGAGUCUGUCAUUUGUAUAUAAAUGUAAGGAUCAAUAAAUGAGGAAAGAACUAUUUUUCAUUAUGGGUAACGGGGGUAUAAAUGGGGUCAGCUAGCAUGGACAACAGUGAGAAUGGAAAUACACACUGGAAGGGGCGAAAAAGGCAAGCCUUUUGUGUUUAUUAUUUUCAGUGCUGUGUAAUAUUGUUCCUCGUUAAAAAAAAAAAAAAAGAAUGUAAGGGCAUAAAGUCAGCCACGAACAUCACAGGGCUGCAUUCAUAUUUCUGGACAUCAAGUGACCUUGGGUGUGUCCACCGUGGGGACAAAUUUUCAUGGGCUUCCUCUGAGAGACUUUUCCUCCGUAUAGAUGAGUGCUAGAAAUUAAGAUGCGUAGCUCUCGGGUGGUUUCAGGGGCAGAUCUGAGAAGAUGGGGAAAAAAAAAACGUCUAAUUGUAUCAGCUUUUUAAAAGUACAUGACUAGAAAAUUAAACAGCAGUAUUUUUUAAUGUGUGACUAUCUCAUGCUUGUGCGGCUGGAACUUAAAGAUCAAAUUGAAAAAGCCACCUCUUCCGAAGUCGGGGAAAGAUCAGCUAGAGACCCUUCAUUACACAACUAGAAUGUGUCAUUAGAACCUCAGAGACACCGUCGAUGAUGAACAUCACGGGCCAUAAAUAUGUGGCGCCCGUCUCAGAGAACACGGGAAGACCACGAUGACAGAGGCUGUGCAGGACGUGUCCAAAACCUUCUGCCUCGAAGCACACCGUACCUCACACGGUUCCUUCACAUGGGCGGCUUAACUUCAUUCAUGGCCUACCACACACACCUCAGCUUCUAGAGCAAGACUUGGUAUUGGCAGCCUUAGACAGGAAAGGAACACUGCUCCUUCCCACUUUUCAGAGUAAGGAGGGCCACGCCUUUGAGUUUGCCGACCAAAAAAAAAAUUUCCCCAACACAGGUUUCUUUUUUAUUGCCAGUCGCUCAGCUGACAGAUAUAAUUAGAAGGGCGUGGUACCUGGGAGAGUCACAUGUCAAGGACCAUGAAAAGACCAGGCAUGACCUUCUCCAUGUUGGGUGAUACAUGUAGACAAAUAUAAUCUAUAACGACAGGGGCAUAAAGCCGUUUUAAAAUGCUGAGAAGUGAGUUGGGGAAGCUCAAAGCAGUCUUUCUGCACUGACGGUAUUCCCAGGUCAGAGGCUUCUUCGCUUUUUUGAGGGUCCUAUGCCAGGUCCUUCUAAAACAUAAAGGUGUCGUGUGCUCUGUUCCACUCAGAGCUUGGUGGCACAGAGCAUCAGAUGCCCAAGAAGUGAGCGGAAAGAACCAGGCGAGGCUUGCUCCAGGAAAGUCAUGAUAGGGCUGGACCUGUCGGCCAUGAGGCUCAGGGGCAUGUUGAGAGGUUUGCACGGUGGCCAGAACCCCUCACUUGAUUGGGAUUCUUCCAUCUGGGCACGGGAGUGGAAGCCAGGCAUGGUCCCUUGCUGCCUGUGUUGGGUCUGUCUUCUUCCAAAGGUCUUGUUCUGUGUCUGUUUCAUGGGUCAGCCUGAGCAGGUGGCUUGGCUUUGGAAAUGUCCAUGGAUGGUUGAUACCUUCAGAAAGAAUAGCUUUUAGUGUUGUUUAGGAUAUAUCGGGUGGGCCCAAGGAAAGCUUUGGUAUGGUAUCAAAUGCACUUUUUCAUUCUUUGAGUCCUACCAAUAAAUAACUUUGGGAGAUGCAGAGGGCAGGGGACCACGAGGAGGGAGGCCCAGGGAGGGGCUCCACCAUAGCCCAGCUCCAUCAGACUGAAAGUUCUCCAAACCCCAGGGCACGUCCCAGCCAGGGUCCAGCUAAGUGGUCCUCACAGGAAGCCUUUUCUGGAUCUCUCUCAGGGUUGAGAUAGUCAUUAUAUUUCCCAAGUAUGACAAAAGUUCUUCAGUGAUAGUUUAGAGUAAGAAGUGAAAAAAACUCAACAGCUCCCUACCCUAAUUGUUCCCCAUUUGGGGUCUUAUGGGAAGGAAGGGGGGGGAGGAAGAGAGUAAUUUUUUUUUUUGUACUCUUAGUUUCUAGAAACAAAACAAUUUAAAGACUCAGUAGUUCUCUGACCAGAGGGUUUUUCCUUAAUUCUAGACUAAAGUGGGAGAGCCCAAGAGGCUGUGUUGCAAGAAAAAAAGUAUUUAUAAUCUUAUAAUUCAAUGACAUGACCUUGAGAAAUAUGUUCUUGUAUUUAAAAAUCUUUCUACUUCCCUGAAUCUCUAGGCAGACCAGUGCCCAGGACAGCAUGCACUGUUGUGUUCCAACCAGUCCUGGCUUCUGGCCUCUUCUUUUUCAGGUGAGCUGACCCCUAAACAUAGGAUGAAGUUUUCAAAGUGAGGCACAGCCCAGUAAAAGGGGCCUUCUGUGUUAUAAGUCCCGCCCCUUUUUUGUCACUGGGCGGGGCUUCAGAAGACAGGGCCCUUUGUAGCAUUGAGACCUCUGUGGUCCACAUGCAGCCAGUUCCGUGAAACCCAUGGCUCCGCGCCCCCCGUCUUCCAUAGACAGCCACCCUCCCCCAGCUCUUUCAUAAAAAGCAUGUGAACCAUAGAAAAGCAUGUUUUUGAGCAACCUGUUUGGUAAACAUUGGAGAGGCUCCUCCGUGUGGUUAUUUUGAGUCUAUUUCUGUCGUUUGAAGCAGCAAAACAUCACAUGAUUCAUCAGCUGAUCUAACCACACACAAAACAGGAUGUAGAAGAAAUCUGAAGACAAAUGUACCAAAAGGCCCUGUUGCCUGCCCUUUUAAAGGCUAAAUGUCUAAAAUUAACUGCGCUAAUGUUUAAAGUGAGAGAAAUUUUAUUAUGUAAUCAAAAUAACCCAAACCCCACUCAGAGGUCAGAAAAGGGGGCUGUGUGUGUGUGUGUGUGUGUGUGUGUGUAGCUUAUUAUCUGAUCUCAAAAGGGAAGAACAGUGGACAGAUGUUCUGAGCUGACUUUCUUCCCAAGAGGGGACGUUGGAACGAUCAGCAGCCUCUGCUAAGCAGAGCACCCAAGGUGGGCCUCCUCAGUCAUCACAUUGUUUUUUAAAUCAUUCUUUGCCAAGUCCAGGUGAUUCCAAAAGAUUUCUUUCCCUCUGCUUCAUGUACAAUGAGCCAGGGUACCUAAAAGUCUGCGUCAGAUCAUGCCAGAGACUUGUAUAGAUGGCAGUCUGCCACUCGCAGACGGGGCAGGUUUUUACACGACACCUCUUCCUAAGGUUAUGAAACUUCAGUGCACUUCGCUAACAAGACUUACCACAGUCCGUGCGUGUACACAGAAACGCACAAGAGCUAGGAACCCUUUCUGUGUCCACAAGUAGAAGUGGUCUCCUUAGGUUGAAGAGAGCUGGAGACAGACCAGCCUGUCUGGCUUCGUGGAAAUUCAGCGGCAUAUGGAGAUUGGUUGGCCCCAGAAGAUUUAGGGGCAGACAUUCUCCAGCUAUGCACCGGGGACAAGAAAUGGUUGCCUUUGGUGUUGGGAAACAUCAUGGCCAGGUGGACUCUGGUUCCCUUAAGUGUGGGGCCGUGAACACGGGGGACCCACAAUUUGGACGAACCAGCUAUCAAGGUGAAGUUCAGACCAGCUUGGUGGAACAAAGGGGGUAUAAGGUAUCCAUCAGCACCAGUCCCCCAGCACCCGCAGCGGGGACCAGUCUCCACAAAGCAGGCAAGUUCCCCCGCGGUGCCGCAUCCACGAGGCUCAUGGAGGCAAAUACACAGCUCCUUGGAACCAAGCUAUAGUUGGUUUGCUUGGUGAUGGAUUGAGAGGACAAAUAUCUAAAGCUGGGAUGACCAAGGAGCUGGUCCUAGCACUUCAGAAAUCUUGACAGAGCCACCCAAGAGAUUCUGUGCGACAUGGACAAGCCUGUGCUCAGUCAUUUAAGGAGAGCUUAAAUGGCUGUGGGUCUACAGCUGUGACCUUCAGAUCUCCCACUCAUUUCUCGCCACACACUGUCACCUGCACCGUGAGAAGCUCAGGCCAUUACUGCUAAGGCUCCUUCCGGGGCCAACAUUCUGUGUACCAUCUAGGAUUUAGAACAUGCUACAGGAUCCUGCGGUGGAAAGAUAAAAUUACCUCGUUCUUCAUCUCAGAUCUGAAUGUUAGCAGUGUUCCAGAAUGUUUUUUUUAACAAAAUGAAGUCUACUGGGACUUUACCCUACACGUGCCAAUGAUGUCCAUUGACCAGCUCUUCAGUUUCACAUCAAAACUGUGGGUUUCGUGGAAGCCAGUCACGUUAAAACAUUUGUGCAGCCUUUGAUGAGAAUUGACUGCAGAGGUCAAUAUAAAAUACAUACAGCACUUCAACAAGUGCUGCGUAUGUAUUUAAUAGAUGUAACUUUUGGCAUUGUUAAGAGCAUUUCUAUAUGCUUUCCUUUAUUGGCUUCUUGGGGAGGUGGAGUUCACACUCAUGUAUUCUCAAACAGUUUUCACACUCUAAUUUUACUUUAAGUAAAGCUUAAAGUUGGCAUACGA